UGUACGUUGAAACCCGUACGUUGCAAGUCAGAUGAGGGUAUAAAUAUGAGUGUAUUUGCUUUGAAGCGCUGUUCUUCCGGUUGCAUUUGCGUAGAUUGUUCUAUCUUUCACUACAAAAAUGGAGUCGGAAUUAGCCAAGAAAGUUUGCCACUUCUAUGUGACUGGAAACUGUCGUUUCAGCAAGCGAUGUAGAAACCUCCACAUUGAUGAGACGGAGGGAACCAAGGAGCUUUUAGAGAUGGUCAGGAAGAUGCCUCAAAGAUCUGGGUCCGCGGCAAAACGACCAAAGAUUCAAAUUGGUUCCAAGAAAGAUACACGACCGCGAAGGAGUUCAUCUGCUACCAAGCAGCGUUCCGUUGCACGGAAAUCUACUUUUAAAAAGAGUUGUCGUCCGGGCAAAGGCACGGCACCUUCUACAACAGCAACGUCAACAUCUGGUUCGGCUUCUAUACUACAGAAAGACAUUAUACCGACACCGGAAGUACCUACACCGCCAGUGGCAGUCCAUGUAGCACCACCAACCUGCGGGAUCGAGGACCUGGUGGAGGCCAUGGAUAUCCAAGAGGAAGAGCAGACCGAAUGAGCUGACACGACAGCAUUCAACGCUUCGAGAAACAAAUAAUAUUCUU